CCGCUGCAGCAGCCCGGUGCCCGCGGCAUGCCGUGAGCCGGCGCGGCGGGGUUGAUGGGGCUGCUCAGGAUUAUGCUGCCGCCCAAGUUGCAGCUGCUGGCGGUGGUGGCCUUCGCCGUGGCCAUGCUCUUCCUGGAGAACCAGAUCCAGAAGCUGGAGGAGUCCCGGGCCAAGCUGGAAAGGGCUAUUGCGAGACACGAGGUGCGUGAAAUUGAACAGCGCCAUACAAUGGAUGGCCCUCGACAAGAAUCAGUUGUGGAUGAGGAGGACGAUAGAGUGAUUAUUUACAAUCGAGUCCCUAAAACUGCAAGCACCUCUUUCACCAACAUCGCCUACGACCUUUGCUCCAAGAACAAGUAUCACGUCCUGCAUAUAAAUACAACCAAAAAUAAUCCUGUGAUGUCUCUGCAAGACCAAGUGCGAUUUGUGAAGAACGUAACGUCCUGGAAGGAGAUGAAGCCGGGAUUUUACCAUGGCCACAUUUCAUAUUUGGAUUUUGCGAAAUUUGGUGUUAAAAAGAAGCCCAUUUACAUUAACGUCAUAAGGGAUCCUAUAGAGAGGCUAGUUUCUUACUAUUACUUUCUGCGGUUUGGAGAUGAUUACAGACCAGGGUUACGAAGGCGGAAACAGGGAGAUAAAAAGACCUUUGAUGAAUGUGUAGCAGAGGGAGGCUCCGACUGCGCUCCAGAGAAACUCUGGCUUCAAAUUCCAUUCUUCUGCGGCCACAGUUCUGAAUGCUGGAAUGUGGGAAGCAGAUGGGCUAUGGAUCAGGCCAAGUACAACCUAAUUAAUGAAUACUUUCUUGUGGGAGUCACUGAAGAGCUUGAAGACUUUAUCAUGUUGUUGGAAGCGGCUUUGCCCCGGUUCUUUCGGGGUGCCACAGAACUCUACCGGACAGGAAAGAAAUCGCAUCUUAGGAAAACCACAGAGAAGAAACUCCCUACUAAACAAACCAUUGCAAAACUGCAGCAGUCUGACAUAUGGAAAAUGGAGAACGAGUUCUAUGAAUUUGCACUGGAGCAAUUCCAGUUCAUCAGAGCACACGCUGUUCGGGAAAAAGACGGAGAACUGUACAUCCUGACACAGAACUUUUUCUACGAAAAGAUCUACCCAAAAUCGAACUAAGGAUGAGGUGUAGCCGUCAGAUUAAUGGACUCAGUCUAUGGCCCUGUCUUUCCUUAGUCCUCAGCACCGAAACGUAGAUUGUUGAUGGGCUUCAGAGACAUCGCACGGUUAAGUGGAGAAAGUGGGCAAUGGAUAGCAUCCAGAAAGGGGGAUACCGGCUAGGUCUGUCAGUAUUCCAGAAGCUUAAGCUUCGCAUCUUUUCUCUGAACUUUUCGGUGGGAGUUAGAGUCUCCCGUUUGAAGAAAUUUAUGCUUUCAUUUACCAAAAUUAACACACAGCCGUGCUAGCUGAAAACAUAAAUACACUUUAAAAAGAAACCUCUGGUUCACUGAUUUUGAUUCUCAAAGCAAUUGUUUCCACCUAAAUUUCUGUGACGAAGAAAUAAUUUGCUGCCCCACUUUGACGUAGAGUUUGGGAUUGUCAGCACUGAUUGAGUCGUGUUAAUAACUGGUUAGCAUCUGUACUUUGUUUUUGUGAAUCAUGUCCAAUGGCAUUUAUUGGAUCAUACGGUCAUGUUUGUAGAGAAACCUUGCUGUUGUUGUUGGUUUGCCCAUCUUUAUAUAGUUUUUUAAAGAUAUAAAAUUAGGUCAUUAAGAUUAAAAGCAAACUAAAGCCAAUGAUAAAACUACAAAAAAAUAGAGAUUUGAAGCAGUAUUUCUCUCCUCCCAUCCCCUUCGCUCUCUUUUUUCUCCUGUCAACCAAGGGUGGGAAAAGUCUUCAGAGAGUAUUGACUUUGCCUGCAGUUUUAGUUACGAUUGAAUCUUUGUCAUUAAAAAAAGUAAAUACCAUG